CCAGCGGUUCGAUCAACGCCGUUGUGUUUCAGGAUAGGGGAAUAUACUGUAAAAUACAGUGAUCCAUGGUUUACGAAAGGGAUUGUGGUGUCAUGAGCAGAGGGAUUAUGAUUUAAAAUUGCCUGAUUACUGUAUUGAACUUUAAAAUGCAGUCGUGUGCGAAAACAUGUUGCCUUGGCAACGUUGUAGCUAUGUGUUUUGCGCAUGUCCAUUUAGCCAACAACAUAGCUAACCAACUAUUGCUGUCAGUGUCAUAUCAGACAGCUAAAUUACCUACUUAAAACUAGUUUAGAUAUAUUUUUUUAAUCAUUACUGUGGAUUCGGAGGUGAACCAAGCGAAACUGAGUGGUGAGAUGUCUGUUCAGAGUUGCGCGCAGUAGCUCUAACUAGACUAACUAACUUUAUUGGCUAGCAGUUAGGCUACUGUAGCCAGUUCCAAGUCGAUGUUAAAAUUUCCUUGAUUCUCUAGUCCAGUUCUAACGAUAACACUAGUAGCAAUGUCAAGCAACAGUCUUCCACCUUUACGAAAUUUGCCUCACUGGACCCGAGUAGGAUGCCUUGACAAGUCUUUCGUUCCCCGACCUUCACCGGUCAAACAUUUGCACUCGCUGAUCGACCCACCCUCAUCGGACCGAGGGGUAGAGGUUACAACUCACAGCGACAUGGAUACCCGCGUAUUGUCGCUCCAGAGAAAUAUUCAGUUCCUGCAGCUGCAACACAAGGACACGCUUCAGAAGCUCCAUGGAGAAAUAGACGACCUGAGACGGGAAAAUAAAGAUUUGCAGUAUAAGAUGAUCAUGGAGACGCCAAAGUCGUGCCGAAAAGGAACCAGUCGUCGGGCCACAAGGCCACCAACAAAGGGCAGUGAGGCCUAUAAAGGGUUCUACCAGGAGCAGGCUCUUCAAGACACACGGCCCUCACAGGACCCAUGUCUCAGCAGCCUUGGCGAUUGCGGUGAGACCCAAGGACCCCCCAGACAGGAAUACAAGCCGGAGUUAAGGGGGGGCCUCAUCACUUCCCUGCAGCCCCUCCGCAUCCACAGCAGCCCCGCACACCCCCCCCGUGCCCCCACCCUGCAGGAGUGCGAGAUCAUCAUACGUCAGCUGUACAAUGCCAACAGUGUGCAGUCUCAGGAGAUCAUACGCGUGAAGGCUGUUCUCAGAGACAUCGUAUUCAACAAGAAAAUCACUCCUGAGAACUACAUACUGACCAAGUCCUACCUCGCUGAUGGCACAAGAGCUGAAACAGAGAAGUUUCCCAAGCUAGCACGUCAACCACAGCCCAAGAAAACGUCUAGUUCCGAGGUCGGGGUGGCAGAGAGAGUGAUCCUUCCAGCCCUCAAACAAAGCCUGAACUCCAGCGUCGCUGAGAGGCAGAAGAGGACUCAGGCUGUCCAAAGAAGCCGCUUGAGGAACACACUGCACUAAAAAGGAACGCACUGCAGGACUGAAGAACCAUUGCCCAAGAUAACUCUUUCACAGCCAUUUAAAACCACAACCAGCUAGAUGUGAGCUACCACACCGUGACAAUAAAGUAUUUCUGUGUACCCACA